CUUCAACAGUUUCCAUGGAUAGUUGUUGAGUUUGGUAUUGUGUAGCAGUUUCGAUUAGUUUGGAUUUGAUUCGAGUGUGUCAAUUAGUUGAAUUUUAUGCGAACGGAUUCAAGUUGGAAAGAGAGAAAACAGUGGAGUGGAAGUGUGUUAGUGACCGUGGCAAGAAGGUCAUGCUCGUCGGAGAGGCCGAAGGUUGCCGAGUGUAGCCGAAGUCGCACGAAGCGUAGACCCGUUCAUGCCCUCCCUUCGUGCUAUGUGCUGUGGGAUGGAGAGCAGCUUUGACGUUCGCUAGCAGUGUUCUCCUUGCCUCCUCACUCAAUUCCCUCUCUCUCGCUCCAUUCCAUGCUACCUUCUUCACGUCGUGGUGUCUUUCUCGAUUCGUAGAUUAUAAUUUCUCCUCGUGUUGCUGCCAGCCAGUUAGCCAACAGCCAACGCAGUUCGCACCGAGUUGAAGCCUUCAAGGGAGACUACAAAACUUGAUAUUUGAGAAAAAAUCAGAGUGCAACAACUGUAUUUUUCGAUCAUUGGUCUUCCAAGUUUUCAUUGAUUCUCCAUCGCUACAAAGAAUGGUUUUGACAUUCUAAUAAUGUUUCUUAACAUGUUUGAUGGACGAAUGUUAUGAUGAUGAAGAUCAUAUCUAGAUUCCAUAACUAUUUUAGGAGAUUUGUUAGUUGAUUGUUGGAAUGGAUCCGGCGAAGGAAGCUGCAGAAGUGGCCCCAGUGGACAUCCAACCGACUGAAACAACUGACGAGGAUAAAACCAAAAGACUGACUAUAGCUGAAAAGACUGCCCCGACCACCAGUCCUCAGGACGCAUGCGCCAAUGGACAACAGACUGGAGAAGAGAGCCCUCCGGUCGAGCGGCCCCCGGAUGAGAGCCCCCCCGAUGAGCGGCCCCAGAACGAGAGCCCCCCGGAUCAUGAUCCACAGCCUCCGCUAGAAGAUUUCAAAGUUGCCGACACUGAUUCGACUAGCGUUGAAGGAUGUGAGAAGGAUUCGAAACUCGACAAAGUGCAUGAUUCUUCGUCGAAUAGUUUUCAAGUACAAAUAGAAACGACCAAUAAAAGUGAUGAAAAAUCAUCGGUAGCUAUAGAAAGUAAUAUUCCUAGCUCGUUUGAUAGGAAAAGUGAUGAUGGUGACAUUUUAACUGAAAUUAAACCCCGACAAGACCCAAGCAAAUGUUUAUCCGGAGGUAAUGAGACUGCGAGCUCGACUGGAUUGGAAUUUACAGAGAAGGAAGUGACUGAAGAUGGGAAGGAAUGUGGAGAUGAUAUUAAGAAGACUUCUAGUGUUUCGUGUGAAGGGAAAGGCGAUGAAGAAAUGUCAUCUGGAAAGGGAACGAUUCUCAGUUUAAUUUCUGAGGAAGCUACUACCAAUUCAUCAUCUGAGGAGAAAGUUCCAAGUACAAUCCCUGAAGGAAUCACGCCCUGCACAUCAUCUGAUGACAAGAUUGCUCGUACAACAUUUGAGGGCAAGAUUGCUAGUACAACAUCUGAUGACAAGAUUGCUAGUACAACAUCUGAGGACAAGAUUGCUAGUACAACAUCUGAGGACAAGAUUGCUAGUACAACGUCUGAGGAAAGUAGUACAAUGACUGAGGAAAUUCCCCCCACUACAUUAUGUGAGGAGAAAAUUCCUAUUACAACAUCUGAGGAAAAUAUUCUUAAUACAAACUCUGAGGAAAUCACUUCCAACUUAUCAUCUGAGGAAAAGAUACCUAGUACAGUCUCUGAAGAAACUACUCCCAAUACAUCAUUUGAGGAGAAGACUCCUAACACAGUUUCAAAGGAAGUUACUCCCACCACAUUAAAGGAGAAUAUUUCCAGUACAUCAUCCGAGGAAAAGAUUCCCGAUACAAUCUCUAAGGAGAUUAUUCCCAGUACUUCAUCAGAGGAAAAGUUUCCUAGUACUGAGGAUAUUACUCCCACAUCGGAGGAGAAAAUUGUCAGUACAUCCUGUGAAGAGAAGAUUCCUACAAUCCCUGAUGAAUUUACUCCCAGCACAUCAUCUGAGGAGAAAACUACUUUUACAAAAUCAGACGAAAAUAAUCCCAGUACAAUUUCUGUGAAAAUUACUCCCACAACAGAAAUUUGCAGUAAAACAUCUGAGGAAAAGGCUACCAUUACAAUCUCUGAGGAAAUGACUUUUAGUACAUCACCAGAGGAGAAAAUUUCCAAUCCAAUCGUUGAAGAAAUUACUCCGACUAAAUCAUCCGAGGAGAAGAUUCCUUGUGGGAAAACUGAGGAUAAGAUUCCUAAUUCAAUCUCUGAGGAAAUUACUCCCAGUGCAUCAUCUGAGGAAAUGAUUCCCAAUACAAUCUCUGAUAAUAUGUCUCCCACUACAACAUCUGCGGAAAAUGAUAGUUCUAAAUCUGUUGAUGAGAUUUCUGAACCAAUUUCUGGGGAAUUGACCCUCAAUUCCUCAGCCGAGGAGAAAAUUGCCAAUACAUCAUCUGAGGAAAAGAUUCCCAAUGCAAUUUCUGAGAAUGAUAUCUUUUCAGAGGAAAUUACUGUCAAUACAUCAUCUGAAGAGAAGGCAGACAGUCAAUUUCCAAAAGAUAUGAGUGAUGAAAAUGAGAACGCGAAGGAAUCAAUCGAAGUCAAUAAUGUAAGUGCAUCGCCUGAAGAGGAAGAAAAUGAUGGAAAGAUACCCAGUUCAUCAUCUGAAAAAGUUGCCGGUAAAAAGAUUUUGAGCUCUUUAUCUGAAGAAACCUCCAAUGAAGAGAAGAAUAUGAUAUGUGGUGAGAAGAAAUCGUCGGAGAAGAAAUGUGAUGAAAACGAUGAAAAUCUCAGCCCAUCUGAAGACAAAUGUGAUAAAGAAAUUGGUUCUAGUGCUGCAUCUGAGAAGAGAUGUGAUGUAGAAAUUCCUUCUCCUGGUCCAAAACAUGAAGAAAAAUGCCCUGUGGAAUUGCCUUCUACUACGUUAUCUGAGCACAAAUCCAGUCAAGGAAAAUCUUUUAAUUCAGCAACUGAACUGAAUAUCGUAGAAGAAAAGACCCAUAACCAGCCAACGACUGAUGAUAACCCUGAAAAGUCUGAUUUGGUUUUGAAUUCUGGCGAAGAAAAAGUGUGUUCUGAUACUUGUGAGGAGGAGGCCCUUCCUUCCGUUGAGAACAAUGAGGAACAACAACCAACUGAAUGCAAAAGUGACGUGAAAGUUGUCAGUUCUCCGGAAGCGGUUGAUACAAAAGUGGAUGAUAGAAAUGAAAACCUCUCGUCUUUAGAGGAAGAUAGCCAGCAAGACACUGACUGCCAGAAGCAUUGCAAAAGUGAAGACGUUCAAGAUAGAAAGUCUGUCUUGGAAAAAUGUGACGAAGUAAAUGUUACUGAAAAUGUUUGUCAAUUAGCAGAUGAAUCCUCAAAAACCAAAGUUGAUGUAGAUGUAUCAGAGGAAAUCCCUAAAACCAACAAUGAAGAUGAUAUAACAGAGAAGGAUAGUGUAACGAGUGCCGUUGAUGUUGAAGCUAGUGCCGAAAGUCAAUGUGCCUCGGUUAGAAAUGUCGAAAAGUUUGGCUUAUUAGAAAUUGACAACAAAACAAGUGAGCUUCAGGAAAAUGAAGAAUCAGUUGUCAGUGAUACUGUACCUAAAGAUGAAUCGGAACCAAGAGUCGUUGUUCUCAAGACUGGUCAUAUGAGAAAAGAACAGCUUGUUUUCAACACUUGGUUGAAAAACCCAGCAGAAACGUCUGAUGAUUCGACAUUGUUAUGUCAUGAAACACUGCGAAAAUCAGAAGAGGUCUUUGACUCUUUAUCAGACGUUGCUGAAACAAAAUGCGAUCGAAAGAUCGACGAUCAUUCCGAGACAAGUUUAAAACCUUCUAAUGAUACUGAGCAUUUGAGCACAGUUGAUACCGUGCAAAGCACCUCAGACAAGAAAGUUGAUUCAAAUUCUCCAAUGAAUGUGGCCGAUGAGAAAAAGGGAACUACCGCAAGUCUCGAGGAGAAAGACAAACCAGCUACAUGUGGAACAACAGAUAUCGGAACUGAUGAAACUACCAUCAAAGAAUCUGACGUUUCAAACAGUCAACCUCCAGCAGUGAGCAGUGGGCGUGAUACUGCAUUAAACGCCGCUAUUCAAAAAGCACUCAACAAGAAAUUUAACAUGAAUGAUUCAUUAUUUGCGUCCGAUGAAAAUUUGACUACUCCAAUUGUUAAAAACAUCGUUAUGAACACCUUUAAAGAUUCAGUUGGUCGUCAACUCGAUGAAGUAUCUGUUGAGAAAAAUGACAUUCCAGUUGCAGCACCAUUGCCUAUUGACCAGAGUACUAAACAUACAAAAUCCGGUAUUAUCCGCAAACCUGUUAAAAGGAAAUCAACAGCCAAACUUGAAACCAAUCCUCAAAAUGUUGAUAGAAAUCCGCCACCAAUACUUCUAAGAUCGCCUAUAGCUUCAACUUCUAAACUUGUUGAAAAUUUGAAUAGUGCUCCUGUACAAUUUUCACAGGGGACAUCUACUGAUUUUCCACCCAUUGCUUCGACGUCUACAAAUUUCAACAUGAACAGUGCUCCUGUCAAACUGUCUCAAGGAACCUCCACGGACUUCCCCACUGAUCUUACUUUGAAACCGCAUCCAUCCAACAUGGAUGUUCAAGGUAUAUCCGAAAUAAAACCCACCAACACACAAACGAUCAGUUCUGGGCAAUUGCAGAAGAACUUGAAUGUUUUCAAUACAAUUAAACCGGUGAAUGACGGUAUUGAGAUGAGCGCUACUGUAAGAGGCAAGCCGAAAAAGGUGUCAAUCGAUUGUCAGGUGGAUGAGUCGGAACUGAGUCCGAUCAUCGGGUUUGGUCCAUUCAAAUUCAGGUCCAAGAGGAAAACACCAACUCCUCCACCUAUCCUGAACCCGAAUCAACCCCUUCCUCUCCCUAUCCUGAACCCGAAUCAACCCCAAAACACAAACAACAAUCACAUCCUUGUGACAGUGCGCGGCACUUUUGCGAACGCAACCAGCCACCAGACUCCCGCCAUCCCGGUCAAGAUCGACGGCGCCGUCACCACUGCGCAGAAUCAGCAGCGCAUCUCUGAAGCUGUCAAGUUUUUCUUCCAAGGUCCGAACAAUCUGGACCGAUUCUUUGCGUCUCCCAAUACUCAACUGCCGAACUGUGCAGGAACCAGCAACAUGAUCCACACCAAAGAGCAGGCCAGUGUCCAAGAACAUGACAAAACUAAAAGUAAGAAGAAGAGUGAUCGGCCGAAAAUGGAACGAAAAUUUACACCAAUAUUACCGAAACCUCCUGGCUUCCUCAAGAGUGGUGAUCACAUCCUCGAUAAAUGCAAAAGGCUCGAAGGCCAAGUACUCCAGCUAGCGAGGUCGCCACCAAUUACGCCUCCACUUCCGCAGCAGUCGAAGCCGGCGACCACGACCCUGGUGACGAGUUGUGGAGACGUCAAAAUCAGCGUGCCUCCUUACGCGCUGGAAAGCAUUGGAGGCGUUAGUGUUGGGGGCGGUGGGGGCAGCAAACUGCACCAGGUGGUGGACAAACUGUACCUGGCGCAGGACUCGGUCAAGCCCCCGGAAGGCGGCAGUUCGCUGCAUGCCUUGCUCACCAGUCAGUCGGAGGCGGCGGCUGAAACCUCCUCGUCUAAACAAGCUACGAUGGAGAAGAUAGACUUGACAAUAGAUUCGCCGAAGAAACAAGGACAGCCAACGCAAGAGUUCCUCUCCAAUCUGAAACUACCUUCCAAUCUGACUGUGAUCCCGCAAAAGGUGAAGAAACAAAAGUUGUCACUUGGCUCCGUGGGCCAAACCAAUCAGCCGCUCAACGAUAAGGUGGAAGGCAGUGUGUUCGCCAAACUGCAGAAGUUGGGAACGGUCAUCGAGUUGGAACGCGAUGCCAACGAUAAGCUGGUUCCCACGGGUGCAACGUCCCGCAGUGAAACAUCCUCUCCCGAUUAUGCGCAAUGUUUGAGAGUGUUGGACAACCUCACUCAGGCUGGACAAAUACUGGCCAGUAUCAAGAAAGUUAACCCGAAAACUGCCGCCAAGUCCAAGAUGAAUCUAAAACCAAUACCCAGUCUCAAGAAACUCGAAGUGCCUUGCAAACCCAACCUCCUGAGACGUUCCUCGCUGCCGUCCGAUGCUAUCAACACAAGCUCACCGGGUUUGUCGGAGUCUACCGAGGGAUCGUCCUCGGAAUUCUCAUCCCGGGCUCCCGUAAUCAAUUUGAACGAUAACGAGCAUUGCAUGAAGAUAGCCUCUAACCCGGAGUUGACAAUCAUCCACAAGAAGCCAUACCUGAGUCAGGUGAUGCCACCGGCUGCUAAGACCCCUCCGCCGACCAUAGUUCCUGUUGUGGCGGCUGGCAUCGAGUGUCCUCCGCUACCCAAAAUCCUCCACUUCGAACAGCAACUCAACUGCCCGCCCACAAUCUCCAUCACCACCGAAGAAUCGGGACUCCGUAAGGAGGCCGAGAAUAUUUUUGUGUUCCAGCUGGAUGUGAGUCAAGUGAGGGAGAAGUCCGAGGGAGAACAGGUGUUGAACUGUGAUAUCUGCUCAGUCGAGUACUUCAAAGUCGCUAGCUUGAAGAGACAUUACCUACGCAAACAUAUUAAUGUCAGAUACAUCUCCGAUCAGGAUAAAAAGAACUAUCUUGCGCCCAGCAAAAACAAAAUCGCUGCUGAAUCUUCUAGUCAAAAAUCGAAUGCAGAAGAGGAUGAAAGUAUGAAAGGCCUAUACAAAUGUUCAUCGUGUAGGAAAUGUUUUGACGAGAAAAACGACUUGAAAAAUCAUAUGUUUGAACAGCAUAUACUAGGCUCUGAUGAGUUCAAAACUUUCGACUGUUCAAAAUGCUUUGAACAGUUUGACAAUCUAAAAGAUUUCGUCGCUCACCGAAAAAUAUGUUCUCAAAAAUCUGCUUCUCCUCCCCUAUCACACCAUCUCUGUUUGUACUGUGACCAGAGUUUCGUGAAUGUCGCUGCUAGAAACAAGCACCACAACAAAUUCCACCAUUUCAAGAAGAAAUAUCAGAAGUGCUUCGUCUGCAAUUCCGACAAAUACCGAGACAAGUCAAGUUUGUUCAAGCAUAUGUGCAAUGCGCAUAAGGAGAAGUAUUUUGGGUGCGAAAAUUGUCAUUUCAGAUUUGGCAGUAAAGCUGAACUGGAUAAGCAUAAUCGUGUGAAACACGGCUUGAAAAAAGCUGUCAAGAAGUCGAGUCGCCAGUCAAGUACCAACGAAGAAACUGAGGUGAAAUUACCUGCGAACGAGGACAACAAAAUCGAAGAUAUUCAGUUACCUAGUGAGAGCAAAAUUGAGAAAGAAUCAUCCGAAAUUGUGGAAAAGGUUGAGACUGAGACUAAAGUUACGAAGAACGGCAAUACAGAAGUAAAUAGAAAAUACGAGUUGGCAAAAAUGUUGGUGAGAGUGGGACCACCUAAUACUGCAGAAAAAGAAAAACAUGGGAAUGAAAGUGUUAAUAAGACUGACAGCAAAGCAAAGAAUGACAAUAAUAAUACUAAAGCUGCGAGUAAGAAACCAGAACCAAAGGCUGCAACAAAAGACAACAAAUCAAAAUCCGAAGAAACCAAAGAUAUUGAUGAUAAAGGUAAAUUGGGAAGUACAGUUGAUGAUAAAGUGGUUGAGAACAAUGAGAAAGUUGAAUCUAAAGAGGUUGAAAGCAAUGUGAAAGUUGGAAAGAAGAAGAAGAAACCAGCUUCAAGUGAGUGCAGUGUUUGUAAUAAGGUGUUCUGUUCAAUAGGCAACAUGACUCGUCACCAACGUGUAGCUCACGGCAUCAAUCCCAGGAAAAAGUCGCCGGUACGAAAAAUCAAAAUCGAUCAGAAGAUGAAUGUAUUCACUGAAAGUCAAACGCAUGACGGAGACGAGCGAAGGUUGUUACAUGAUGUUUACAGUAAUGCGCAGAAUCCGACGGAUAACGAGAACAAUCCCAACUCGUUUACUCGUAACGUGAAGGAGAAUCUGCUGCAUCAUUUGGAUGGCAAGCUUGAUUCACAGGAGGUGCUGGAACAUGAUGUGAAGUCUCGUAGUGUACCGGUCCCAAAAAGAAGGUUGAGUUUCUCGGCUUCAUUUUCAUCUGUUGAACGAGGAAAGGUGAAAGAUGAGGCGAACAAGGAAGAGUUGCCGAUCAGUCCGAAGUCGUCUAUUGAGAAGUACAGUUUCCCGAAGAACUACGACGGCUGCGGCGGGUUGACUAGUUACUUGAAAGACAUGUCGCACCUAGAUCUUUUCACGCAGAAAGCGAUGAGAUUCACGCCGCAGAACGCGUGCUUCGAGAGCGGCGGCGCUUCGGCGAGUGAGUUUCGCGACAUUCCGACGUGUCUGGAGCUGGUGAAGACAGAGAGGAGUGACCAGGAUGACGUGCCCGUCGAGGAGGUGGAGUUCAGUGGCGAGUGGACGCGACCGCGCAGGUACAUUUGUUCGGUGUGCAACUACUGCACAGGUGAGCUGUGGGACAUUGAGGAGCACAAGCUGGCGCUGCAUCCGAACGUGUGGUGUCCGCAUCAUGAGGUGGCCGACGAGGAGGCCGAGUCCUGGCAGGUGGUGUACUGCAAGCGACAGCUGUCAGCUAGGGGUGUGCUGGCGGGUGCAGGCAAGUCAGCUGCUGCAGCUGCAGUUGCAUCGUCGUCUCAGCUGCGAUGCUCCAAAUGCAGCAAGGUGUCACUCACCCUCCCCGACUUCCAUCGCCACAUCCUGGACUGUGGAGGCGACACCACCUGGGCCAUCACUAUGCUUGGAGUCAGCUCGCCCGGCAACCGUCGUAAUCGGAAAUGGAGACCAUUUGGCAGUAGACGAAGAAGACAGCAAGGCAGACGAGGCUUGAAGCGCAACAUCCCUAAUACUCCGGCCAAGCAGCCUGGAAUGAAGAUUCGCACUAAGCCUGGCGACAUGGAAACCAUCCAGAAGAUGAUUGCAAAUCUACCAGCUAAGCGAAUCUCACGGAGGGUUUUCGCUGAUGAUAACGAAGUCAAGACUCGUAGUCAAGGGACGAUCAGCAGUAACCGAAUGUUGAGGAAACGGCUCAAGGGAUCGAUAUAUUCGACGCCAUUCACCUACCAGCACAACAAAACCGCCCUUGCCAAGAAGCAAGCAGCCAAACUGCUCAAACCAAAACUAGUCACAAAUGGAAGUCCCACCGAAUCGCCAAACAAGGAUGACAAGAAUUCGAAACCGACUGCUGAACCAAAUGACAAACCUCAAACAAGUAAAACGUCUCUUGGUAAGGAACCGAUAGCUGAAUCGCCAAGUCGCAAAAAACCCAAGACUUCUGACAAGAGUAAAGCUGGAACUAGUGAGAAAUCUGUGACUGUUGUUCAGGGUAAAAAUACUUUGAAGAGAGAUCAUUCGAAAGUUGAGAAGAGUUCAACUCCUGGAAAGGAAGAUAAUUCUGGAGCCCAAGACGCGAAGAAGAAAGCUAAAGUUAAACAUAAUGUUUUCAACGUUAAAGAGGGAUCUUCGGCGAAAAAUGUUGAUAAAACAGCGGUGAGUGGCAAGAACAAGAUCCAAGCUGUAGAGGUGAACACAAGUGGAGACAAUAAACAAUCAAUUCCUGAAACCGUUGACAAGAAUGAGAAAGUACAAACGUCAACAUCUGCUUCUACUACAGUUGUUAAGGCAAAAGCAACGAGUGGUAAACCUACAAAACAAGAUGCGGAUAAACAGAAACGGUGUUCUGAUGAUUUUAAGAAAAGUGUGGAAGAUUUGAGGAAACGUAAUAUGUGUGUCGAUGGCAAUUUGAUAAUGUGUUCAGGCUGUGGAACCCAGUUUGACAACAGCUCGGCGUGUCAGAGGCACAUGAAGAAGUGCUCGUAUUGUACCGGCAAAGCCGCGGGCGGAAUAACGUGUGCUCAGUGCAACACAUCGUUCAGUUCAGAAUCGCUGAAACAGGCGCAUGUCUGCGAUGAUCGAGCCAUGCCUCAACUUUCCCCCGAGGAGCCCUACCCUGACCAAGUUCCCGCACUUACCCAAGACAUUCCCGUGUUAUCUCCGGAGGAAAUCGGCAAGAAUAAGAACGAGGAAAACACCGAUUCUUCAAAGAAAGGUUCCAGGUUGACUAGGUCCGAAUCAAGAGCGAGCAUUGCGGAAUCUAUCAAGAGCGAGAAGGGGGAAUCACCAGUGACAAGGAAUUCCCGGUCAGGAAUGCGUCAAAAAGCUGACCUCAAUAAAUCCGUACAGGAUGAAACAAGCAAACCCGACAACAAGCAAGCUAGUCGUUUGCUCAGACAACGCUCAACCACUAAUCUCAGCAGACAAGAAGACGAGCCAGAUGAUUCUAAAAUAACUGCAGUGAAGAAAAAAGAAGAAUCCGAUGCGAAGAUCGUGCAGAAAUCUACUCCAGUAAGAGGCAGAAAGAGACCGCAUGAUGAAGAUGAAGCCGAAACUGAUAAAGAUGACGAAGAGAGCAGUGUAAAAAGAGAGACUAGACAAGGACUGAUGGUAAACAAGAGCAGCAGUAAUGACAAGGAUGAAAUGAGUUCAAAUGAAAACAGGAGAAAGUCAAUGCGGUUCUCACUUCCCAAUGAAAGCUCAAGCACUGAGAAAAAGGUGAAUGAAAUUGAGAAGAAAGGUUCGAGAAAAUCGUUAGGUGACGAUGAAAGUCAGAAAAAGACUGAUGAUGAUGCAAAGAAAAUAUUGUUGCAGUUCAUGAAAGAAACAUCAGAAACUGGUGAGCGUCAAGGUAAAAGAUUUUUGUGCGAGGUGUGCAAUAAAAUCAUCAUGGAAAUCUACCUGAGAAAGCAUGUGGAGAGUGGAGCACAUGAGAGGAACGUUGAAAUGAGAAGAGACUUUGACAAUCUAUUUCCGGAUGCAGGAAAAUUCAUCAAGUCAUGCGAAAUUUGUAACAUAUCUUUUGAUUUUCCUUUUUUGUCGUACAAACACCAGCUGCAGUACCAUGAGGAUUCGUUGAUGGAGUUGAUUGAAACUUCAAUGAUAGAACCUAUGAAGAAGGAAGUUGUAAACAACGGAGACAAUGACGAUGAAUUGCUCAUCAAAACAAAACAAAAUAUGAUAGGUAAAAAGCGUUUGGAGGCGAAACGAAAAGUUGAUGAUUCGUCAAGCAGUGUGGGUCGGACCAGCAGUAAAUCGAAAACUAAUACAGUGAAAGAUGUUGAAACUGAAAAAUCUUCUGCAAAGAGAAAAACUCUGAAUAGUUCAAUUAGUGAUGUGAAUGGUAAAGCUGUAAUCACUUUUAAAAAACUGGAUGAAACUACUCCUGGCAAUGUUACCAUGAAAACUGAAGAUGAUGUUACCGAAGAAAAGCGUUCAUUGAGAGCGAGACGUAACUCUCUGCCCAACGAACCAACUUCAAAAUCUGAGGACAAUAUGAUUUUGAAUCCCGAAUUAAGUUUGCUACGUGAAGGAAGGAGAAGCAGUUUGAGAUUAGAUUCCUCACUUGCCAAGGCGAAGGAAAGUAUUGAACAUGAAAAGUCUGAAGAGAGCACUGUUACCAAUUCUGAUCUGCAACUGAGGGGAAAGAGAAGUUUAGCAGUUGCUGGAUCUUCCAAUAUGGACACUAAUGACCGUACCAAAUCAUUAGACAGAUCUUCGUCGGUUGAUGAGUCUUCUGAGGAAUGUGCAAAAUCUUCUGAGGAUGAUCAAGUCAAAAUAAGUGAUACUACUGAAAUCAAAGAAGAAGAUCCUUUAAAUACUUGCAACGACAUCCCCGCUACUGAAUCCUCGGAUGGAAACGCAGCAGAAAGCGAAAUUGUGCAUGAGACAACUGAGUUCAACCGUGAUGGUAAAACCAUGGUUUAUUGUUUCAUUUGCGAUAGAUCGGUUGGCAAGUCAGCCUACAAAAAGCAUAGCAACAGUGUUGUCCACAAUCAGAAUACGAAACUCAGAAAAGAAUUUCAAGAAAAGCACACUGACAGCAAGAUAAUGACUUGUACAGCGUGUCCAAUGGAUUUCACUCAUCCAUAUCUAUGUUUCAGACAUAUCAUGGAAAUGCACCGUACAGCUUCGGGCCAAUUGUAUGAUUCAGCCAGAACUACCAGAAGUUUGUCCUCUAAGGAAGAAAAAGAAGUUACCACAGAAGAUACAAACAAAAAUAUAUCUACGCAGAAGGAAACGCCAACUACCAAGUUGCUUUCCAACAAUAAGAUUGCCAUUGAAGAAUCUAACAACAAGUUAUCUACGCAAAAUGAAGCAUCAAGUACCCAGCAUUCAUCCAACAACAAAAUAUCUCCAAUGGAGGAAACACCAAGUUCUCAGACAAUUUCUAACAACAAGACUCCCAAUCCACCACCAAAGAAAAAAAAGGGGGAUAUAAUUCUUAUAGAUCCUAAAAAUACUGUCCUCACAACUAUUACUUCGAAAGAGGUAGUAAGCACUACUGUGCAUGAAUUGAAUAAUUGUUCGAAGUCUUCUGCAUCUUCGACAGAAGCUACAGAUCCAAAGAAUACUGAUGAACCAAAACAGAAUGUAACGACUGGAAGUUCUAAGAAGUCUUCAUCUGUUGGGAAACCGAGUUUACUAAAAAAGAAUGUCGACAAAAAUGAAUCUCCAAUUUCUCCAGGAAAGACAGAGACGGAGUUGAGACCUUUCGAUUUCCCCACGACUGCAAGUUCUAAAAAGUCUUCAUUUGGUGGGAAACCGAGUUUACUCAAAAAGAAUGUCGACAAAAAUGACGCUCCGAUUUCUCCAGCUAAGACAGAGGUGGAGACGAGUCCUUUCGAUUUCGUCAAUGAAACAUCAGCGCCAAUAUUAUCCUAUAGGGAGGCUACGCAGAGUAAGUCAAAGAAAGUUGAUAGGAAGAGUUCAGUACAAGUAUCUACUAGAGACGAGAGAGAUAAUACUGCGUUUAAUUCGAGCAAGAAAACUGUUACACCGUUGUCAUUCGAUGAAGAUAUGACACAGAAGAAUAAGGAAAUCGUUGUUCCGAAACUAUCAACAUUCACUGAAAUGGCGAGUACUUCAGCAAGCAGUAUAUUGGAUAAGAAAUCAGUUGUCAAAAAUUUAGAAUCAUUCCCCAGGGAAUCGUCUGAUGAGCAAGACCAGAACACUGAGAAAGUAACUAAAGAAGGAGUUAGUGUUCUAGAGAGCCUUCUAACAUCCAACGCUGGCCAGAAAACGGCCUACACUUUGUUUUGCACAAUUUGUCACAAGCGAGUGAAAACCGAGUCCCUACAGAAGCAUUCCACUUCUACUUCACACAAAAUCAACUACGAUCAAAGCAAUUACGAUUACGAAGUGCCAUCUGACUGUGACCAAUGCCUGCUUUACGAGAAUCAUCCAUUCGUUUGUCGCGCUCACCAGAAAAGUGUAUUGAAAUUGAAGAAGAGAAGGCGGAAGACUUCCGAUGACGAAAGCUCGAAAAAGUUCAAGUCUUUUUCUCUUUUGGGAAAAAUGUCGAAGAAGAAGUUGAGCAAGCUGAAGAGGCUGCAAAAGUUGAAACAGAGUGAGAAGCUGGCGGAAACCAAGAUCAAUCGUUUGAAGAAGAUGAAGAUCAACAAUUGGCAGGUUUCUGUUGUGGAGAGCGAGAAUAAGACAUCGGUAACAUCGCCACAACCGGUUGAAACUCGUACAACAUCGGAGUUCGACUGUCUCCUCUGUCACAAACAGUUCAAUUCGGCACUGCUGCUGGUCAACCAUCAGAGCACAACGUCGCACAAAAUGAAUGCCAGUCGUCAUGCGUUGCAGAACAAUCCACUACCCACACUUCCCAGCACCAUUCCAUCACUCGUCAAAACUAUCUCCCCUUCUCCCGCCACCCUAACCACUCCACCGGCCCCUUCGCCCAAUGAAAGCGAGCGCAACUUGGGGUUCCUGGGAGAAGCUCCUCCCGCGUUCCCCAACACCAACAACGCCAUGGAUCAGGAUCUGUCGCAGGCGGCGGGCGAAGCGAUUCUGGCCUACGGAUGGCAGGACACGGACUGGUCGUCGAUGCGCAAUGCGUCCGGAUGGGAUAACCAGAGCAUCGCCGGGUCCUCGUCGUCAGGUGCUCCGGACAACAACAUGAGUGCGUUCUGGGAGACCGACGUCACUUCCAGCUUCAUGGGCGGCAGGAGCAGUCUCGGAUCGAUUCUCGACUCUGUCAACAAGAUUCUGGCUGACCCAGAUGUGUCGACAUAUCCAACUUACAAUCUGACCGAAUUGCAGUCGGAAGUGGGUGCAUAUCAUGACCAUUUGUUGUACGAACGUUCCAAUUACUUUCAGGAUAUGGGCAUGCGCAACGAGACUGGCAACUCGUCGUGGUCUUACCCGCCCAGUGUGGAGGACGUUCCCCCCUCUUCGGCUCCCACCUUCAUGGACCUCGACAACCAGCCUCCUCCACCCUCCAACCAACCUCCCAACCCUCACGCCGCCGAGUUCACUGCCACCGAUCAACUCAAAGAACAACGUCUCAAGAAGAUCAAGAUAUCCGCCGAUUUGGACAAAAUGCCAUCAGCAACCGGUGUGAAAACAAACCGAUCCAGACGCAAGAGCUCAGUUGAUAGCGAGGGCAGUGGAAGCGGAAGCGGCAAGAGCCGCUCCAAGCCGCUAGGGGCACGGCAGUCGCUUGAGUGUGAGCCGCGCACUGCAUGUCCGACCUGUGGUCGCUACUUCCUCGGUCACAUCGCGCUGCAGUUCCAUAUGGCUUCGUGCUCGAAUGCCUGCAGCAGACCUGAAGCAAAUAUCAGCGACUUGAAGCGAAAGGUUGACAAUCUAAUGGAUAACAGCCUGGUGUGUCAACAGUGCAAGGAGAUAAUGAACAGUCGUGAAGCAAUGAAAAACCACAUCUGUGAACAUCGAAUAAAAAUUGAAACGAAAACCAGAAGUGAUGCAAAGGCGGGAGGUGCUGACAAGGAGGGCGCUGAGAAGUUUAAGAGUAAAAUGUCGAUUGCGCUUGGCUCGCUGCUGGACAAAGCUCUCAACAAUCUGCUCGGUGCCAAGAAUCAGGAUCAUGAGUUGAACACGGGCGCCAUCCAGCUCCUGGGCAAACUGUGCGCCGUUCGCCGCAAGAGCCAGCUGAAGAGCGGCGGAGGCGGUGGAGGCAGCUCGGCGGACCUGGACCACCGCACGCUCACCUUCAAGACGACAGCGAAACUGCGCAGUCUGAUGGCGGGCGACCACAACCUGCCCAAGCUGCCCUGGCUGGGCGGUGUGGCGGGGGGAUCGGGGACGGGGGCGGCUGCGACUGGGACGGUCAAGCCUGGCACGCUGCCUCCGCCCGAGACACUCGUCGACCACCUCGCCAUGAUGCUGGCCGACGGAAAACCGGUCGACAACUCGUACGCGUGUCCCGUCUGCGGCCAAAAGUUCUCGAUGCCGAGUGCGCGCAACAACCACAUGUACCUGGUGCAUCAGGAGGCGGCCACGUCCCGCCCCCCGCGUCCCCCCACCAACGACCAACGGCCACAGUCUAGUCACAAUCACAGUAACCCCGCUGAAAAAGAUUAUCGAGGUUUUGCCAGCUCAAGCUACGAUUCAGAGAUUAAAGCUGAGGAUGGCGAAGGCCAGCAAUCUGCCGGUCGGCCAAUUUGUUCAGACUGCGGUUUGGCAAUGGCCAGCCUGAACGAGUUAGUGCAGCACAAUAAAGAUGUCCACCUGCCGGUGAGCGAGAACAUCAUCGACUCGACCGUUUGCAUAGGCCAAGAGCAUCUCGGCGACGGCGGCGGAAAGAAAUCAAAGAAGACCGGCGAGAAGUCACUGCCGGGUCUGGAGCCAAUCACGGCGCCGGUACUGCGCAAGCGGUCGCUGCGAAGGGGGGAGUCUCAGGAGGAGGAGAAGGUAGUUGAGGACGGUGGUGAUGAGGAAGCGGACGACGGGGCUCUGAGGAAGAAGGGCAACAAAACUGCGUCGAAACAUCGGCUCGCGGUUCUAGCACCCGAAGAUGUACGAGUCAAAGCCGAAGCGGCUCUGCGGGAACUGAGUCUGCAAAAAACCUGUAACAAAUCUAGCAGUAACGAUAUCAAGUCUUGUAAAUACGGUAACUAUCGCUACUCGCUAAACACAGAGGAACCCGCGGAGAUCGCCGCUCCGAUGAAGGCGCGGCAAGCGUCCAUUGCGCAUGUCGACAAGAAGUGGAAGACGGCUGGCUGCACCUCUGCCGAGCAAGAAAAGCCGGCUGCCUGUGGUGGAGCUCCCGAAUUGCUCGAAUGCAAGGUUGAACCGAAAGUUGAAGUCGACGAUCUCCCACAAGAAUAGAAACAUUUGUCAACAACACAAGAUUUUCAACCAACUAACAUUGUAAUGAUUUACCUCCAUUAUAUCGUUGACAAUAUUCAUUGAUUGGUCACAAAAAUUGCAAUGAUGUACCUUCAUUAUAUCAUUAACAAUAUUCGUUCAUUAGUCACAAAUGUUGUAAUGAUGUACCUACCUCCUAUAUAUCAUUAACAAUCUCGAUUUGUUAGAAAAAUUGUAAUGAUGCAACUCUGUCAUUGUCAAUAUUCACUUAUGGAUUACAAGCAUUGUAAUGAUUUAACUAUAAUAUCAUUAACAAUAUUCAUUGAUCGAUUACAAAGAUUGAAAUGGUGUAACGCUAAUAUCAUUGACAAUUUUGAUUGAUUAUUACCUGGCUGUGACAAUUUAUUAAGUAAUCUCGUUGUAUAUAUUUGUAAUAACGAUAAUAUAGAAUUGUAGAAGUUGGUUUUUGAAAACAUGUAGGCGUGUAAUGUACUGCUAUAUUGUGUUCUAGAAAUCUCCAAUUAGUGUUAACAAAUAAUGUAUACAAAUAUAAAGAUGCGAUGGAAGCAUGUUUAGUUUCAAUACAUAUAUGUAAUAUGCCAGUGAAUACAGUAUAGUAUAAUUUGUAUAAAUUUCUUGAGCAAAUGAAUAAUUGAUUUACUGAUAAAUACUUUUGCUACUAUCUUCGAGAAUAAUUUGUAGUAGUGUAGCAGUAUUUCGUAUUGCAAUACCAUGUUUUUCGUUUCUAAGACGUAUUGGAAAACUGUAAUAGGUGCGAUUAUUAGUUUUCGUGGAAUUUUGUUACACAGAUUUGAUAUUUGAAAGAAGGAGGAUCAAUAUCAGGUGCCUUAUCAUUUCUUAUUAAAUAUGGAGUACUAGAGCUGAUUAUUAUCAAGUUCACAGAGGAUAUCAUCGGUUUUAAUUUGAGAAGUUUUGGAAAUAUUUUGAUUUGAAAGGUUAUUUUUGUGGCAUUUCUCUGCUUGAAGUGCCUAAACAAGGAUGUCACUUGUGCAAGUUUGAUCGAUAUUGAAAUUGAAAACAAUCUCGUUCAUAACUCAAUGUUAUUAAUUUUUAUACGAAUGAUGAAAGAGUUAGAAAGAAUGAUUUACUGAAGCGCAAUGUAAACACAUUGUAAUGUGAUUUAAUGUUCGUGUCUUUAGUAUAAACUGGUUACGGUAUUUUUCAUUUCCAUUCCCUCGAGAAAGUAUAAAUAAAUAAUCAAGAAUAAUGUAAUACUCUCACAUUUAUAUAAUUUGUAUCCACGUUUGUAUCAGAUAAAUUCUGAGGAGAUGAGAGUUUGAAACCAGUUGAUAAAUUAGUAGGCUAAUGAUGAAUUUUGUCAGUAUAUUUUUCUAUAAUGUAUGUGCGGUACAAACGAUGAGAUUUAUUUUGGAGUAGUCUCGUUGAAUUUGCAUUGAAAGACGAAUGAUUUGAAAUGCUAUUCUGGAAAUGCCGCAGCAUUCGAAAGUAGAAUAACGUAUUCAUUACUCGCAUUAAGAUAUAACCAAAGUAUUGAAUUUAUUUACCAUAGAAAAUUAGAUUAUUGAAGUAAUAAAUUACAUAAACACUUAUAUAACACACUCAAACUUAUGAUUAUUUUAUGAUAUUUGAGUUCUCAUAAACAACUGCCAUCACGUGCCUUUUCCCAUAUACGGUAAAUCAUUUGAAUCCAGUUCUAUUUGAAAAAUCGACAACGGUAUUCAUUUUUUUAGGUCUGAAUAGAAAUUUUUGAGACUGUCAUCCUUACGUUAAAGUGUUUAUUUCUGUAUUUAAUAUAAUUAUCAUGAAUCAUUUUAUAUAAAUUUCACAUGGUUCGAUUUCACUUAGAAUUAAGAUAACGUUAAAAUAUGUUGAUGAUAUCUUUGUAAAAUGGUUUAUCUUUGAACUCUAAUCUUUAUGAAUGAUAGAUCAUAGAUGAUCAAUCUUAAAAAUCGUUCAUGAAUAUUCGUACAUCCCUAAAUAAGUUUUAGAUACGCUAGAAGUUAAUCUUCAGUUAUGGGGUGUGAUAUUAACACUAUAUUAUAUAUUAUACAUUUUACCCUAUUUUUAAUUAUUUCUAAAGUUUUUAGUUGUCAAUUGAACCAUGAAUUAACCCUGCCCUUCCCUUUCCUUUUAUGUCCUCCAUGAUUUUUCUCAUAAAAAAUAACAUAAAAAAUGAUUUUGUUCAGAUUCAAUUAUAUUUUAUAAGUAGAUACAUGUAUUGUUUGUUGAUUAUUUCAAUGAUCUCAGUUGGAGGUUAUAGUUUGUAAACGAGUCAUAUAAUUCCACAAUAUUGAUGCGUAAUAAAAUCAUUAUUACUCCA